AUGUUUACCGCUAUUGGCCAUCCUUUGCAACCCCAUGUAUAUAUUGGCUGGGAGAUGAUCUUUCUCAUGGCUAUGCAGUUCGGUGAUCGAGGGAUGCAAAUCCGUAACAUACCGAACGAGAACGGCAUUGAGGUUUUGCCAUCUGACCUGCAACCGGAUGCGCAGGCCGGGGGUGGUUUUCAUGUGUCAGGGAAUGAUAUCUCAAACAAAGCAUCUCCAAACGAUCUCAGUUUACCAAUUGGAGAUACUCCGCUACCGGUAACUGGAGAAUCAGUGGGAAACCUAAAGAAAGGCUCUCUUAGUCCCGAAGGAAGUCUGUCUGCAGGUGGCGAUGAAAACCAGCCUAGCACCGAGAGGGAAUUCCCAUUCCAACAGGACCUAGACCUUGAGCUUCCUACUGCGACACUUCACCCUUUCAAAGCGUAUAAGCCACACAAUUACAAAGCCAACCCUGCCGCUAAAUACGCAUAUGCUACGUUCUUGGCAACACGAAACCCUUCCCUCAAGGAUCCAUACUUUCUCGCCAUUCACUCGCUCAUCUACCGUCUCUUGUGGUCACCCAAAUCAGGCACCCGUACAUACCCAUUCAUAGUCUUUGUCGCCGAUUUCGUUACCCCCGAGCAGCGCGCCCUUCUCUCCGGCGCCGGAGCACUAGUCCGAGAACUCGCCCCUCUAGAAUGGUCGCCCAAAGUCUCCGGCGUGCAAAAGCGGUGGAAAGACCUCUUCGCCAAACUCAAUAUGUGGAAAGAAACGGAAUUCGAGCGCAUCCUCUUCCUAGACGCUGAUGCUUUCCCACUCGCAAAUUUAGAUCAGAUGUUCGAUCUUGCGCCAGUGCGCGACUGCGUGCCGGAGAAACUACAUCUCGAUGACUUUCUCGCGGAUGGUCCGGUUUGCGAACCUUAUAUCUUCGCUGGCGUCCCGCAGGACCCUUUGGGGCCUGUGAAGUCUAAUCUUAACGUUGGGUCUAUGGUUUUUACUCCUUCGCUGCGCAUGUAUGCGCGCCUUCAGCAGAACUAUGUCAAGACCGACAAGUAUGACAGUUUGAUGGCAGAACAAGCGUUCUUGAACUGGCAGUUCAAUCCUGAAGGUGCAUACCCUGGGACGCCAUUGGAGAGGAUGUGGGGAGGGUUUUUCCCUACGGAAGAGGAGGGCGAUGGGAGGUUGAAGGUCGUACAUGAGAAGAUUUGGAUGACCGAGGGCGGCUGGCUGAAAGACGAGUGGGAAUCCGGCUGGCGGAACAUGAUGAAGUUUUAUAGCAGCAAAGAUUUUCGGGUUGCGCGAGAGCUAGACGGUGUAGGUAGCGAGGUUAUGUGA